CCGAGACAGACAGCAAAUGUGCACUUGGUCCUUCCGGAAAACCCAGGGCCAGGUAAACACGUCUGACUUUUGCUUUUGCCUGGAGUUGCCUUUGGGCCACGCCCCGUGUAGCACAGAAGAGCCCACAGCCCCUCUCGGCCUCGGCCCCCUCUGUCAUCCCGGCCUCUUCGCUCUCUGCCGUGAGCCUCAUGGGAGGAGGCGCAGGUCCUUGGUCUGCAGAGCAGAGAAUCUACAAGGCACAUCCCACUUCUCUGGCUAAUACUGACUCACUCUUGGGACACAUUUCAAAGCCUCUUUAUAUCAGUAAACUAUCUUUCUUCCACGCCUUUCACACACACCCUCCAGGCCCACCUGAAAGAGCGGGGCAGAGAGGGAAGGCAGUGAGCACCCCACCCCACCACACGAGCUGGAGAAACCGUGUCCCGAAACCUCGCAGGGCUUGGCGGGGAUGCAAGAGUCAGAGAGUAAGAAGACCCAGCAGGCCUCUGCCAGCCCCCAGGCUCCAUGCUCCUGGUCCCCAGACAUGGCAAAGCGGGCCCCAGGCGGGCACCCUGACUCCUCCCGUGCCCGUAACGUGCUUGGCCCCGGUCCAUAAACCGUGAUGUCAGGAUCAUUGCUGAGCCGUGAAACAGUUAAGAAACAUCCUGCCCCACUGGCUGCCGCGCUCACAAAGGUAGAUCCACGUGUACUUCCUUGUGGCUCCAGAGGGAGGCUCGCUCAUUUGCCCACACCCAGCGGGGAGAGAGGCAGGCGGCAGCAGGCCGGACCGCCACCCUCCCAUGCAAAUCAGGCCCGGCUGUGCCACCGGGCUCCGGGGCCAUGCUGCUGGGGGCGCCCUGGGGAAGAUGCAGCCCCGGGCGCUGUGCGCUCCUCCUCGUCCUGGCCCUCCUGCUCGACGCCCUGGGCCUGGUGCUCUUGCUCGUGGGCAUCUUGGCGGCUCUGGAUUACUGGGACUUCCUGAUCUACUCGGGGUCCCUGAUCCUGCUUUUCAGCCUCCUGUUCUGGAUCAUCUGGUACUCCGUCAACAUCGGGCUGCCUCUUGAGAAGCUGGACUUGUAGUUCACCUGUCGCCGGAGGAGAGGAGACACAGGCUUCCUCUGGGACUGCUGGCAGUUGGAGAAGCAGGGACUUGCAGCUCCCACCCAAAAUGCCCUCCCGCCCCCCCCCCCCACAGCCCCUCCAGGAAGCAGCACAGGUCCCCUCGGAUGGAGACGCCUCCGAGCACAAAGGUGCCCCUCUUUGCGGCUCGUCGUGUGCCAGGGUGUGGGGAGAGCCAGAGGCUGCUCAGAGAAGCUUUUCACCAGGAUGCCCCGUGAACGGCCACGAUGCCAGGUUCCGUCCAGACUCCGGCGCCCUGUGCCAGGCUACUGACUCCCCUGCCAUACCCCACCUGCCUCAGAUGGGCCUGGCAGCCUUCAGUUCUCCCACUGGAGCUGCCAUGGCAGUAACCCUGCUGAGGACUUAGACACCCACAGAGAAGUCCCGUCCCCGCUGCUCCUCCGGCCAAUGUCCUGCUAAAGACUAGUCAUUGGAACCAAGCACCGAUGUCCAUCCACAUGGGAUCCCACGAGCAUCACACUGCACCCUGCACUCCUCCUCGACUCUGACCGCUGAGCCAGAGGGCUCUGCUCAUCCAUCUCUUGGUCCCAACCAGUUGGCACGGGCAGCAGAUGUCAGCCCGCUGCUUGUAGAGGCAAAUGCACAACCAUUGCUGGGUGAGGGGCCAUGCCUCACAGUGCUGGACGCUGGGUGCUAUGACUGUCCCACCCACAUGCACAGCCCGGCCACACGGUCAGCCCACGUGCAGGUCAGCCCUCGGGGCACGUUCUGAUAAGCAAGCUUGGCCUCCACUCUGCUGUCCCGGGAUUAUUUAUUUCUUGAUCCCAAGAGCAGGACUUUAUUUUUAUCUUAAUUCAAUUUCGUCUAAGUCAGAGGCAGCCCAACCUCAGCAGCCUGGGGCCCGCCCUCCGGAAGCUGAUGGGCUGUGCUCCCCUCCCCUCUUGCUCCACCCGCUCUGUAAUUUAUGUUUCCCGGCCCACUUUUGUACCUUUUAUUUAUAUUUCACCCGGAAAGUGUCUGUGUUUCCUAUAAGCUGCCUCAGCCCAUGUAUGGUCUGAUCUGAAUAAAGACAUUGACGUGGCCAUUUUGGUAAAACACGAGAUGACAGGUUUUCCAUCCGAGUGGCCUCCUUACGAGGCUCCAUGCCAGCCCUGUCUCUCUCUCCCCAGUAGCUUUGCCGCCUCUGUGCAGGCUUUGGAGGCUGCUCUCGGCACAGCACCUCCUGGAAGGCAUGCCUGGCGUGAUGGAGACGGGUUAUUCUGAUCCCCUGGAAUCUUCUGGAAGCUCUGUGCUCAGCCAUCGCCUGGCUCCUCAUAAUCAGGCUAGUCUCAAAGCACAGUGCCUGGCCCAUAUUUGAACCUCAAUAAGUAUUUGUUCAGUGAGUGAGUAAUUAAAAAAAAAAAAUGGGGAUUAGGCUGGUCUCAAACACCUGAAGAGAUAUCGUGAAAGAACAUUCUAGAUACGACAUUAAGGAAAAGGAAGAUUAGGUCCCGCCUGGACCCUCUUUCCUUGUUGAUUUCCCCAGUGAACUAUUCUCCGUGGGUCCCACUGCGCAUGCGCAGGGAGGAAGCAAUCCCUCUCCCGCUCUGCGUUGCCUGGAGGAAAAGUCAUCUAUACCCAGUCCCUCUCGCGGUUCCUUAGGAAGACACUGGUGUCCGAGGCCACAUACCUUCUUUUCACGAGACCCAUCCAGUUGUUUUUUCAUUCUAGAAACGGAACGCGUCUGUUUCCUUGCUGGGAACAAAUGCAAUAUAGUUGGCUUUCAUUUUGCAGCAGCCACAUUGUUCAAAAUACGCAAAUCCUG